UUUGGUCAUGGCAGCCCAAUCAGAAGCCACUCAGUGCGCGGUCUAGUUUAUUUUUGACGUCAUUGUGCAAGGCGUAUGUACAGUGCUUUAGACUUUUACUUUUGUGAGGACGAAAUGGCCGCCAUUCAGCCAGACGAGGCAGGCACUCACUAUGUAACCUGUCGACGUAACGGAUGGACGAUUCCUCCUCGUGGGUAUCAACUCCUUGCCUAUGUUAUCGAAAUCUACUUCAUACUUAUAAACUUUGGAAUGAUUGUUCCUUCGUUUUCAGAAGAAUUGCAAGCCAUAUGUUACGUUCUGAACGGUUUGGCGACUGUUGCGCACGUCCUGCUUGUCAUCAUUACAACGUCUAUCAACCCAGCACACGAGGCCGUGUUAAAGAAACCCGUUCAGCGGACGUUGGCCGUCUUUGACAGCAGCACACAUGCGCAUAUAAUCGAGAACCACUACUGCAAUCUGUGCGAAAUACACGUUGAUGAGAAGACGAAACACUGCAGAGACUGCAACAAGUGUGUUUCGCACUUUGACCACCACUGUGAAUGGCUCAACAACUGCAUUGGCAGAAGAAAUUACCGAUGGUUCAUCAUGACAGUGGCUAGUGCUGUGGUUUCGUUUUGUCUGAUUCUGUGCAUGUCAUUAGCCCAGUUUGUCGGUUACUUUACUGAUCGAAAGAGUGGCAGCAUACUCCAACCAUACAAAGGGAACGGAUCCGAUGAUGCAGCAUUUUUUAUCCUUUACCAACCAGCACCAGACUGGGCGUGGAUGACAUUUCAGUCUGUCACGAUAUUGUUUGGCAUCAUAUGUGUCUCCUUGUUGACUGCUCUCCUCGGUUUGCAUUGCUACUUCGGCUGUAAUUACGACUGUAUUCAUGCGCGAAAGCCAGAAGCCCAAGGAGGAGGAGCCCAAAAAGAGAGCCAAGCUUUAAAAAAGAAAUGUGCCAACACGAAUCGUUUCAAGCCUUAUAAAGAAACAACCAUACCGGUUACUGAAAACAGAUUAUUACAAAGUACCAAUGACGUGAACCAAAUUGUUGAGUCUGUUGAAGAAACACCAUCGCCAGCUGCAAGUGAAGGAAACCCAAAGUAAAAAUUGGUAGGUCUGU